AUGGGUAGCUCAUCAGACAAGAAGCGCAAGAGCGCUGAGGAUACGACAUCCAAAACCAAGAAGACCAAGGUCGACUCCGAGAAAUCAUCCAAGUCGCCAAAGUUCAUCAAUGUCGGUGCCGUGAAGAGGCCGCAGUAUGCGCCUCCGGUCGUUGCCGCGACCUCGGGACUCGCUCUCUCUUCAUCCAUACAAUUCCAAGCCUAUGCCACCCCGGCCGACAAGACCUCGAAGCGCAAGAAGAAUGGCGCGCCCGCACAAGAGUUGCUGCUGCACUCUGCCAACCACCGAACGAUGGACUACACAGCUCGCGAGGACAGGACGGGCGACUCGUCAGACCCAUAUCUGAAGCACUACAUCGGCAUCUUCAACCCCAAAACCGCCGAGGUCGAGAUUGUGGAGGCGCGCAAGACGGUGCUCCGGGGUACAGUCAGGUCGCAGAAGGCCGUUGACGAGGCAAUGGAGGAGAAGAACCAGAAACAGCAAAUGAUGGCCAUGAGGAACGAGCUCGGCGAGGCAUUCGGUACCAAGAAGGCGAAGAAGGCGAUCCGCGACGUGACCGAGAACGCCAUUACAUCCCAAAAGGUAGGCCAGAGCGAACUGGUGAUGAUGGAUGCUAUCAAGACCGCCACCAAGGAUAUGUCGACCAAGGAGGACCUCCAAGCCGCUGUCGACAACGCCCGACCAGUACCGCGCGGCAACUUCGACGCCAAGGACAUCGCCGACGUCUACGUACCAGCCCAGAUUAUCGGAUCCGAGGUUCUGAACGCGAUACCAGUGAUGGAUUGGCAGGAGAGCGUCAAGAACCUAGAGGACAUCCAGGUACCCUCACGCUUCGUCGCCAAGCGCGUCUCCAACGUAGCAAGCAGCGACGACGCGGUGCAUAGACUGAGGGUACUGCGGUACCUCUUGUUCGUCAUCAUUUUCUGGAACGCCACCUCGCAAGGAAGGGAGCGUGGCACAAGGAGUAUUGGCAAGAGGGAUAAGCUGCGCGAGGUGAUGGCACCAGCGCCUGAGAUUGUGAUCGAGAACAUCCGCCGCAAGUUCUCGGACGGCGGCGUUAUGCGCAAGACGCAUGUCGACCUUCUGAUGACGCACUGCUGCGCGUUUGCCGAGAUUAUCGACGGCUUUAGGGUCAACACGAUCGACCUGAGGGAAGAUCUCAAGCUGGAACAGAAGCAGCUCAACCAAUACUUUAUCGAGAUUGGUGCUCGCGUCAAGCAGCAGAAGGUCGCCGACAAGAUGGAGAACUUUGCCGUGCUGCAGCUGCCUCUCCAGUUCCCCAAGAUCAGACUGCCGGCGAGGAAGAGGUAA